AUGGUUUGGAUUAUCGUUUUAUCUGCCGCCGCUGGCAUGUUCGUAUCUGCUGCCGACCCCCGUGAAUGUUGUGCCCCUCAACACAUUCCCUUCGCCAAGCGUGCGGAUGCAGAUGAAGCAACCUGCCGGUUUGCACACACGGACACACCUCAUAAUAAUGCACUGCCACCGCCGCAAUAUCAGCAAAUUCCGCCUCACCCGAGUUUUUUGCGCCCGUUCAUUUUCCAACGUUUGCUGCACUUCACGCCUUCCCCAGGAUCUUCCGGGACUUGUGAGCCAAUGGGAGUGAUCCCGCACAACAUGAGAGACUUGCGGAUGUUUAGUGUUCCUCCACCACUUGGGGAGCAGCGAGGAUCAACGAUGUUGGUUCCGCGAGCAUUGGCAGCGGUUGCCAGCAUUGCGCGGAUUUGUUGGUGGCAAUGUUCACUUGCCCUUUUAGCUGCCUGCAAACUUGUUGCAGCAGUACGGCAAUACACUGGUGAGGAAGAAAGAACAAUUGUGAGUCCGUUUGAUCAUGUGGAGAGCGUGCCAUCGAGAGGCGGUGAAGCAGAGAGGUUCUCGGCUCUCUUCUCUGAAAUCUGGUCAUUGUAUGCCCAUUUCCACGGCCGUUUUCCACACGGGUGUCAUCUGGUGCUUGUGGGGUCGUCGGUGAACGGGUUUGGAUUGGACACAAGUGACGCGGACAUGUGUCUGAUUGUGUCCAACUCUCUGAUUGACCAGCGGGACUGGGCACCGCUCAUCCUCACGGAAGUCAUGCUGGUGUUGCACACUGUCCGCGGACUGGUGUACGUGCCUGCCAAGAUCCCCUUGGUCAAGUUCACCAACGUGCGCACUGGUGGGGUCUGUCUAGCAGUGUUGCCAUCACUGCGGCGGAAACUUCCGGACCAGUUCCAUGGCAGCAACUGUCAUGUGCUUGAACUGGACAUGCAUAAGGAGUUGUUGAUGAAGCAAACUGAGAACACGCUGAGUCUGGGCGACUUGUUUGCUCGCUUCCUUGACUAUACUUUGCCAACCGGUUCCAAUACAACCGUCACGCCAUCUCUGUCAUUUAUUCAUAUAUGA